AUGGAGUCACCGGUCCAGAUCUUCCGCGGGGAGCCGGGCCCCACCUGCGCCCCCAGCGCCUGCCUGCUCCCCAACGGCAGCAAUUGGUUUCCUGACUGGGCCGAGUCGGGCAACGGUAGCGCCGGCUCCGAGGAAGCUCAGCUGGAGCCCGCGCACAUCUCCCCCGCCAUCCCGGUCAUCAUCACCGCGGUCUACUCGGUGGUGUUCGUCGUGGGCUUGGUGGGCAACUCGCUGGUCAUGUUCGUGAUCAUCCGAUACACAAAGAUGAAAACAGCAACCAACAUCUAUAUAUUUAACCUGGCUUUGGCGGAUGCAUUAGUUACUACUACCAUGCCUUUCCAGAGCACCGUCUAUCUCAUGAAUUCCUGGCCGUUUGGGGAUGUGCUGUGCAAGAUAGUCAUUUCCAUUGACUACUACAAUAUGUUCACCAGCAUAUUCACUCUGACCAUGAUGAGUGUGGACCGGUACAUAGCUGUGUGCCACCCUGUGAAGGCUUUGGAUUUCCGCACACCCUUGAAGGCAAAGAUCAUCAAUAUCUGUAUUUGGCUCCUGUCAUCAUCUGUUGGCAUAUCUGCAAUAGUCCUUGGAGGUACUAAAGUCAGGGAAGAUAUGGAUGUCAUCGAGUGCUCCUUGCAGUUCCCGGAUGAUGACUAUUCCUGGUGGGACCUCUUCAUGAAGAUCUGCGUCUUCGUCUUUGCCUUUGUGAUCCCCGUCCUCAUCAUCAUUGUUUGUUACACCCUGAUGAUUCUGCGCCUGAAGAGUGUCCGACUCCUUUCCGGUUCCCGAGAGAAAGACCGCAACCUCCGGCGGAUCACCAGGCUUGUCCUGGUGGUGGUGGCCGUCUUUAUUAUCUGUUGGACCCCCAUUCACAUCUUUAUCCUUGUAGAAGCUCUGGGUAGCACCUCCCACAGUACAGCUGCCCUCUCCAGCUAUUACUUUUGCAUUGCCUUGGGUUACACCAACAGCAGCCUGAACCCCAUUCUCUAUGCCUUUCUUGAUGAAAAUUUCAAGAGAUGUUUUAGGGACUUCUGCUUCCCCAUCAAGAUGAGGAUGGAGCGUCAGAGCACCAGCAGAGUCAGGAAUACAGUUCAGGAUCCUGCUUACAUGAGGGAUGUUGAGGGGAUGAAUAAGCCAGUAUGACUAGUCGUGGAGAUGUCUUCCUACAGUUCUCCAGGAAGAGAAGAGUUCAAUGAUCUAGGGUUAACCCAGAUUACUACUGCAGUCUGAGAUGAGAAGAUGUGUUUUUAUAAACUUUUGGAAAUUUCAUGGUCUGAAGUCAUAAGAUGCAGGCUGCAUGAGCAACCCAGUCAAUGAAAACGUCAAGGCUAUGGGGAUGCAGGACAAAGGGUCCAAGUCACAAAUGCAACUUUUCUCUACAGCAAGGAAGCAAGGCUGACUCCCAGUUCCUUUGACAAAGAAAAAGGACUUUUUCCUCUGGUUUCCUAGGUUUAGUUCAGCCCCCAUCUGCUGUGGCCUUCCUAUGCAAUGCAGUUUCAAAGCUCUAUAUAGAAAAAAAAAAAAGAAAAGAAAAAAACCCCAAAUCAUUAGUUUCAGAACUGAGUAGCAUCCAAUUCAGAUGUUCCACAUGGACAGCAACAAUCUGAAGGAAAAAAAAAAAAAAAAAAGGAACAAGAACCAUUUUCAGGGUUUGUGCCCAGUUAACUUGCUGCUGGGUAGACCCUUAUUUCGUGUGGCUAUAUGGAAAGAAUUCCACCUAAGUAGGAAUUGAACCCACAACUGAGACAUCUGAUAUUCACAUAUGAUGGAACAUUGUCUUGACAUUUAAGAACUUAUUUAAACAUGCAAAAGGUGGCUUCCUGUUAACAUACUCUUCAUAUCUUGAAAACUACAGUUGCUGACUUUUGUUUUUGUUUUGUUUUGUUUCAGCAUGCUAUUCAGAUAAAUAAUAUUCUGAUAAAGCAUGCAUUGAUAUAAAAAAAUCAUAAAGUGGUUUAAAUGCCACCAAAAGUAUACAUGGUUUCAUCUGUAAAUAAUAGUCUAUGUUGAAACAAGGAAUGGGCUUCCUUUUCAGCCAGGACAUUUCCCAGGAGCACACUAAUGAUAUCCCCUGAGUUAUUAAGAGUUGAUACUGACACAUUUUGCUGCAAUGCAAACUACUCUCUGGGAAUCAGCCAUGGGAUGAUUUCUUUCAGACUCCUGAACAUCAUUUAUCCUUUAACUGUACUCUUAACACUUGUUCUAACAAAUUCCCCAGAGUUUAACUUACUCCCAGGUUGUAUCCUUUACAGGAUCUAGUUUAUUUGUGGAAUCUCUUUAUGAAUAUAUAGAUAUCACCAGAUUCCCUCUAUUCAUGGAAGGUAAGGUGUUUUGAUUAUGUACAUCUCAAGAUAUUAUUUGUAGCUUUUAGCAGGAAGUAAAAUUGUUCCUAAAUGUGUGCUGAAAGAGGACAUUAUGUCACUCAGGGUUCCUGAACAUAAGUUGCAUGGUAUUCUGUGAAGGGCAUGCCUGCUAAGGAUAAUGCCAUCAGCAGCGUAUUUAGGAUAAUUUGCUAAAACUUCCAAAUGACAUAUAAAUUCCCUCUUUUUUCCACUGAUGG